AUUAUUUUCAUCAAUUCAAAAGUGACACUUGAAUUAAAAACAAUACCUAACUAUAACCAUUGGAAGAUUCUUUCAUAUGAACGGUCCGAUGAAUUCGCUUUCGUCGGAAUUACUCAUUGAAAUAUUUUCUUUAGUUAAGUCGUCGUUCUGGGGUACCGCUGACUUAUUACCAUGCCUGGAGGUCUGUAGACGAUGGUACGAAUUAGCGAUCACAGUUCUCUACCGACACAUUGUCCUGGGCACUGGCAAUAUCAGGCGUUUCGCAGCGAGUUUUAAUCUACAAUAUGCUGGUCAUGUUCGCUCCCUUACCUUACGACUCAUCCAGCCGCCACUCUCGACAUACGAUCUUGGCUCAAUCAUCGCUGCCAACGCAGAACUGGCACGACGUUUACGACUUCUCGAGCCUCUACUUGGAAGCCUAGACAAGUUAUUGUCUUUUUCUCUCUACGUGCCAGCCAUCGUACCAGAAAAAUGUCGCUUCAAGGUUUCUGCGAGGUCUAUCAUAGGACUGCUCGAUUCUAUACCCCAGAGCUGUGCUAAUAUAGAAAUUGAUUCUGGUGGCUAUGAUCGGAAUAUCAUUGCAGGGGGAGAGGAAGCACACAUUUGUGAAAGCCUUCGUCUGCUAUUGCCGCGUAUGAACCACGUCCGCAUUCAUCUCUCUCUUAUGUGCCCCACCCUCAUUGGGAUCAUGGAAACGCCUUAUCAAUCUUCCAAGGACUCCUUUACGCCAAUCAAAUUGCCACAUCUACGGUCAUUGCUCAUUUAUUGCUCUGAGGAAGAUUACUCUGCGGGUAUUUGCCAGCCGGCAAGCACCAGAGAAAAUCUGCCAAGUAUUACUGCAUACAAUCCUCAUCCAUGGCCCACAAUGACGGCAGCCCUACAGAGAUUUGCAGAUACUCCAGACUGUUGUCCCACAUCUACCAUGGUACGCAUGCAUACCGCCUGUAGCAGGGAAUUGGAAGAUCUAGGUAUAUAUCACACGAUGGUGGUUUGCGACAUUAAUUCACAUACCACUCAUGCUAUUCCAAUCGUCAAAGUUAGGUCGACAAGACAGGGUGGGUGGCUCGUACGGUUCGACGACUCCAAAGGUAUCAUAACUACUACUCGGGGUCUUAUAGACGUUGCCGAGGGUCAGCUAUGGAAGACGCUCGUGGGCGGUGCUAGGCUGCCAUCCACCAUAGCUGAUAGCGAAACUCAGGAGAUUCUGGAGGUACCAAUAGUCGCGGAGGACAAUUGGAGAGCUGAGAACACGGAUAUAAACUGUGAACUGUGGAAUAACGAAGCGCUUGUGGGAAAGAAGGUGCUGCAUGCUGAGAUUAGAAAAGGAGGCUUAUUAUAUACUGAUCCAUGUCCGGUGAUGGAGGAACUACCACAAGGAUGGCAUCGUCCCACAGGAGGGAGAAGAAGGGGAUUGGUGAGAGAUGAGGAAGUGUAACGUUGAUGACUAUACGUACCUACCUACACGGGCUUUAAUCCAAACAGGCAGGUAUUGAAACUGUUUCUACUUGGUUUAAAUACGUGUUCUAUAUGCAUGAUUCCUUAGCUAUACCUAAGAUAUUUGCUGUUCUAUUAGAUAUCACUACUGAGGGUACUUCAUAGGGGCUCCAAAAUAGCUACCCCUUUUCGCUACCUACAUGUACGUUACACCUAUUCUUUCCCGUAAUGAUGUGAAUCG